AUGCUCUCAGCUGUCCAUCUGGCUAUGCUAGUGGAACUGGGGACUUAUGCUACAAGAUGCCCCGAUGCGAAUGCGAAAAAUUGUAGGUGGGAUGAUGGCCAAGGAGCACCAGAUCAGUACAACGCAUUUUAUCCAGGCUAUCCUAGUGGAAUCGAGGAAUGUGUGUGUAUGUUGAUCGACGGACAACGGAGUGGCAAAUGGGUCACAGGAGAUUGCAAUAAUAUGGUGAUUGGAUUCGUUUGUGAAGUAGAAGCAAAAGCAUCCUGUGGUGAUUACAAUCACUAUGGCGAUUAUUGCUACAAAGGCUACAAUCAAACUCUGUCGCAGAAUGAUGCAGAAUUACAGUGUCAAAACGAAUGCGGGCACCUUGUAUCUAUCCAUAGUGCAGAUGCAAACGGCAAAGCGUUUGUUUGGUCAGAUAAUACCACUUUCGACUUCAAUAAUAUAGGAUACAUUAGUUCAACGAUUGGCGACUGUAUGGCACUGUCAGCUGUAGAUGAAGUGUUCCCACGCGGAAAAUGGUUAUCCGUUUCAUGUGCACAGCGAUUACCAUUUAUCUGCAAAAGAGAAAAUGGCUGCUUCAAGUCUACGUCUACACCUGGCGUAACAACACCUGUGACCCUAGCUCCUUCAGCCUGCGAUUCCCCUUACUUCAUGGAUCAGAACGGAACCUUGUACUCGCCUGGUUAUCCAAACUCCUAUCAUAACUCCAAAGCAUGUUAUUAUAUUCUCACAGUCGAAGAAGAAAAAGUAGUGCAGCUCCACUUUGUUUAUCUCCAACUCAGCCAAGGCAGCAGCAUUGAACUAUUCAAUUCAAUCACUGACUCUACACCAUUUAUGAAUAUAACAACAAGUGUCUCAUCCUCUCAAUAUUUCACAUCAACAUCAAAUGUGAUGAAGAUGAUCUUUGUAGCUGGAAAUGAUGGUGAUGGAUUCAACAGAUGGGAAGCGAACUUUUCUCCAAAGAGAAUGGCUGUGUUCAAAGUGCCCGUGCCAGCGCUGUUACAGCGCCGUCAAGGAAUCAGUCAAUAUGAGCCACGUAUGGAGCUGGAACGGGUGAUAACAACUUCGCCCAUGGUCACCAUUACGCCGUCACCAACCAAUCCUAGUGGUUGCAACCAAAAUUCUGUUGUACCUAUCAAUAUCACAAGCCCGAAUUAUCCAAGAAAUUACCCAGCUCUAACGCAAUGUCGUUAUCAACUGACAACCGAUAAUGAGCACAGAAUACAUUUGGCGUUUGGAGCGAUAGACACUGAGCAAUGUUGCGAUAUCAUUGACGUUUACGACUACGAUGGCACCCCAUAUUACGUUUUGCUAGAUAGAUUCAGCGGACAGAUAGCAUCUGGCAACAAGACAUUCACUUCAACUUUGAAUGAAAUGUUUGUGAACUUUAACUCCGAUUCAAUUGGAGAGAAGAGUGGAUUUUCAGCUGUGGCUAUAGCUGUCGUAUAG